UCUUCUUUAAAUAUUCAAAUUUGUCGCCCACUCAAAUUCAUUAUGUGUUUAAAUUAAGAAACUUUACCUCUCUGUCUCUUGUUGGAAACUCGGAAGCUUCGAAAAUGGCGAGGACAUGUACGGAAGAAGAAAAAGCCCUAUUGAUCUCUCACGGCAAUCAAGAUCAAGAAGACGAAGAAGAAGAUGACAGAGGAGAAGAAGAAGAAGAAGAAGAAGCGUUGUCUCUGUGUGACUUGCCGGUGAAUUUAUCCGAUGAGAAAGUUCCGUUUCCGAAACAAUCCAAGAGGGAAGAAGAAUUCGAGUUCGAUUCCGGGUUCGAAUUUGAAAUCGGGUCAUCGUUUCGGGCCGGGUCAGAUUCGUGUGAACCGGCUCCGGAGAUGACUACGGCAGACGAAUUAUUCUUCAAAGGCCAAAUUCUGCCUCUUCGUCACUCCGUCAGUUUAGACGCCGAUUCGAACCGGUUAAUUUCCAGAUCCGAAUCGGUCGAAUUCCGACGAACCAGAAUCGGAUCGGACCGGAAAAUCAAAAACACUUUCAUCGAUUACAGCCAGCCGAGUCCACAACCACAGAUAAGAAGAUCAUCGAGCAUGACGGCUCGUGUGAAUCCAAUCAGAAACCCCAAAUCAUCUUCGAUUUGGGAUUUUCUCCGGCUAGGACUCGUCCGAACGCCGGAGAUCGAACUUCGAACCGCCGGUAACGCGAAAAUAUCAGUGAGUCGAAACAGUAGCUGCAGUAGCACGAGCACGAGCUCGAAUUCGAAGAAAACAGGAUCAGGAGAAUCGAGAUCGAGGAAUCGAAGAAGAAGUUUCUUUUUCGCGGAUUGUAAGUGUUCGGUUUCGACGGAGACGAUCGUACCUGUGAAAAUGAAUGUCUCCGGUGAGACGGAGGAGAAACAGAGGAUGGUGGAGAAGAAGAAGACGGCGAAGAAAGAGGAGAAAACGGCGAUUGCGCGUAAGAGAACUUUUGAGUGGUUAAAAGAAUUAUCACAGGUAGGAUCUGCAGUCGUCGUCGAUCAUGGAAGAAGAAGCUUGGCGUGAUGACUCCGGCAAAAACUUUCAUGUUUCACUUUUCUUUCGUUUUUCUUUAUUUUAUUUUUUGUUUAAUCAUUUCGUACGUAAUUAUCUUUUUGUAUGUUAGUGUUAAUUGUCAAUUAUACUUAAUUUUUCCAAAUGAUU